AUGGCUUCGAACGGGGUGUGCGAAGCUGCUGCGUCGUGUAGAAUCCUCUGCCCGAAGUCUGCUAGAGAUCUUUUGGAUUCUGUCGACGUUUUCCUCUUCGACUGCGACGGUAGGCUUAGCAACCCCUUCUCGCGUGCCUUUCCGCCUUGUUCAGUGUCCAAGUGAUUUGGCUUGUGUAAUCGCCUGAUCAGACUCGUACCAUUUGUGUUCAUAAAUUCAGGGGUUAUAUGGAAGGGAGAUCAGCUCAUUGAUGGGGUCCCGGCUGCACUACAGGUUCUACGAUCGAUGGUACUGAGAGAUUUCGCGAUUGAUACUCUGAACACACUUUUUAGCGUAUCCAAUUGUGAUCGUAAUUCUUGCGUGCAAUGUCUUCGUUGGGUCGUGCUGUUCGAGUUGUAUUGAUACGUUUGCAGGGGAAGAAUCUGGCUUUCGUCACAAACAACUCAACGAAAUCACGAAAGCAGUAUGUGGAUAAGUUCCUGGGGCUAGGGCUAUCUAUUAGUGAGGUGAAGCUUUUAGAAAAACAAAAUUCCCUCCCAGCCAUUAUAUGGCUGUUACGGAGCUACAAUUUAGCUAUUUUAUGAUGCAUUUCAAUCACAGGAGGAAAUAUUUUCUUCAUCUUUUGCUGCGGCAAUGUUCCUGAAAAUGAAUAACUUCCCUCGGGAUAAGAAGGUCAGAUUUAGUUUUACAUGGCCAUAUCUUUCUUCCUUUUAAGUGCUUGACUGUUUAGAGUUACAUUCGAUACCAGAAUGUGGGUGAUGAAUACUACAUUCAGGUGGCAGCCUUUCCGCUUGAAUCAAAUAUCUCAUCAUCAGUCCAAAUUAUGCUAUAAAAGGGCUGCUCUUGAUGAUUUUUUUACAUCUAUUUGAUUUUCACACAUUCCAUUAUGCUCAAUUUGGAGCCUUUUCUAGGUAUAUGCCGUUGGGGAGGAUGGGAUACUCGAAGAAAUGGCUCUCGCCGGUUUUACAUGCCUAGGAGGCACUGUAAGGUCUCACUGGUUGGCUUUAGUCUAUUUAAAUCAAUGGAGUUAUAAUAUUCAUUUUUUUCGCCUGCAAAAUGGUGAAACAAUCCAUUUCUUUUUCUCUCUGUGUGUGAUCAAUAUCUGAAUAAUUAUUUGAGAUUUUAUUCUGUCAAUAUUAAUAAAUCCCUAACAUUCAAAAAAUCCUGAUGAACCUUUGGUUUCGCUAUUCCAUCUGCUCCAAUGAAUGAGGAAUGGAACAGACCGCUUACUCUUGUUCUCACUCAUGCAUACUUUGUUUAGGAAGACUCAUCACCUCACUCACUUUUUAUAUUGUCGGCGUUUUAUGCAGAAAGAUGGUGGCAAACAGAUAGAGUUCAAAACAAAUUUUAAAUUUGAGCAUGACGAAAAUGUACUCAUCUACCUACAAGUUUCCUUUCUAUCGGAGUAUAACCUCCAGACUUCUCUAAUCACAUUCUGAAAUAGGCUCAAGACUUAAAGAUCAAAAUUUUUUUUCCCCUCUUAGGUUGGAGCUGUCGUUGUUGGACUUGACAAGUACAUCAACUAUUACAAGAUACAGUGAGAUCAUUGUCCUUUCCAACUCCGGUAUUCUACAUACGACUUCAGAUCUAGCUGGCUCUUUGAUAGUUCAAAGGAUGAGAACCAUUUAUUCUCUCAAAAUGCAAUCAACAAUCAGAAUAUACAGUUUUUUCUCUUCCCUGCAUUUCGAAAAGCGCACAUAGUUUAGAUCUGAAAGCAUCAAAUAAACGUCUCAUUAACCUUGUGAGGCGUUCCAUUAGUUUCUAAGCAUGUGUGCUCGUGGUUGCGCUCUGCUUGGAUUGAAAACUGCUAGGUAGGUAGUCACAGUGGUUCAAUAAAUCAAUGAGCUCAUAGAAACUUUGAGCAUUUCAGCCUUCUAAAUAUACCUUUCUCCCAAUAUUUUUCUCUUAAUAUCUGAAGGUAUGCAACCCUGUGCAUCCGUGAAAACCCCGGAUGCCUUUUCAUUGCUACGAACUGUGAUGCUGUUGGAAAUUUAACAGAUUUACAGGAGUGGCCAGGUUAUUUCUAACUUUAUUUCCUUGGUUAUGUAUUCUCCGAUGAACACUUCCUUGAUGAGGUUCAGAACUUUGGAUGCCCUGACGACAGGUGCAGGCUCAAUGGUUGGUGCCAUCUGCGGCUCAACACAAAGUGAGCCUAUUGUUGUUGGAAAGCCGUCCCCCUUUCUCAUGAAUUUCUUGCGAGAGAGGUACGUUACCUUUGUAAUUUGUAUUUCAUUGAAGCUCUGGAAUUAAUUUACCAAGAACUUUGGUUUCUGGCCUAAUUUAAUUAAACAGGAUAGAAAGCGUGUCAUGAAAGAAAAACUAGAACUAUAGUUAUUUGGUAGGGGGGUUAGCUUCAAUGAAAUUCAAGCAACACAUUCCUAAACUGUUUUGAUGUAUAUAUCUGGCAUAGAAGCAUUUGGGCCUACUCUAAACUGCUUUGAUCCCACCCUUCUUGAUCUACAGCGGCUGUAUCACUGAAAGGAUCUAAAUUUAGGAAAUUAUUUGCAAAUGGGCUCUGAAUGAAAAUGUCGAUUUUUUUUCCUCACCUGGUCUUUAUUUUCCUCAGAUUUCGGAUCCCGACCUCAAGAAUGUGCAUGGUGGGCGAUAGAUUGGACACCGACAUACUCUUUGGUCUGAAUGCCGGCUGCAAGACUCUACUUGUUCUUUCAGGUUUUCAUAUAUUUUCCAUAUCCCAUUGUAACGGGUCCAUCUUUCAUCAACUUAGAGUAUUUCAUGCCUAAUUUAAUCACAUAAUUUCCGUGUUUCAGGUGUGACCACCUUGCCAGCCCUUCAGGAUCCUGCCAACAACAUACACCCGGAUUACUACACAAACACAGUUUCUGAUAUCAUCAACAGCUUGGCGAUUUGA